AUGUUGUCGUCCGAAGCGAAGGUUGCGAAGAUAACGCGCCAGGCGUAUGUGGCAAAAGCUUACAUCCAAGUGAAUGGAGCGGAAUACUCCCAACAACGGAGAGGACAUAAUGUCGUUGUUGUGCAGGGAGCAACAGGUAAGGUGUCCACGCACAAUAUAUGGGAUCAAUCGUGCAACUGCGUACCAACGCCUCCCUUAAACCAGCGAUCGUCAACUGAUAACAAGUUAGGGUUAACGUUUGGUUAGAGGAGAGGUAGGUGCCCAGUUGCUCAGAUACUAACAUUGAUCCAAUGUUGGUGAUAAAAGAGAGGUUUGUCUGUUUUAGAACAUUGAACUUCUAAAGUCUUAUUUUGGUUCGGCAUUUAUCUUCCAUUUUUUAAUUUAAUUCAAUUUCGUUCAGGUCAAGUGUUACCCAGCCGUGCAUUCGACACCCAUGGAAGUCAGUCCGAAGGCGUUCGCCUCAGGGACUAUCUCAAUGCCAUAAGAGGAAAGUAUGUAGCCUGCUGCAUGGGUUCACUCAUCGAAGCAGAGCGCGGCAAUAAGACAGCGCGAUCGUGGCAGCGGACUCAAAAAGAGAGAGAGACUGGUUCGGGUCGGGUCGAGAGUUAACCUAGAUGUCUGUUUUUCUCUUGAGCCAACAAAAGACAUAUGUAGUUUUAUUACCCUUUUUGAAUUGAAAGUGCAUUGCGAUUGUCGAAACAUUUCAGGAAUGCACAUCACACCAUCAUACUCUUGCCAUGACCUAGAAAAACUUCAUCUGCGUGUUUUUAUUCACCUGCAUAUUAAAUCAUGUAAGGAACCAAUGAUUUAGUGAUAGCCUGGGAAAGGGAAGGGGUUGGAGAAUUUUAAGGGGGGGGGAUAAGUCAUCGCAAACAGAGUAUAAAGGGGGUCUAUAGAAAAUUGACUGUCAACUAACUGCCCAUGAGGGGAAAUCAUAAGGAUAUUACAGAGCGGGGGGGAGGGGGGGUCAGGCUAAUAUUAUCGUGGCAUAACCAAAAUCCCCCCCAAACUACCCCUCCUCUCGAAGGCUAAUGACCAGUCCCUAAACUGGAAUCAUUUUUUUUAUUAUUUUGGACUUAGUUUACAAGCCUCUUUUAAUAAACCAGUCAAAUGCUUAUUCAGUUUUAAGUUACAUCGUUUUGGUGGCCAUUGGAGACGAGGGUUCGUUACAUGUAUCACCAGCAAUCGACGCUCUUAAGAGAUUGGGCGCAAGUGAUCCCGACGUCAUAGUGAAGUUGAGGGAGUCGUAUGCUCUUAUUGGCUUCGCAGGAGACAACAAACCAUCUUGGAUUGAACAAAAAAGUGCCACAAAAGCAAAUGGAUCCAGUAUUAUAUCUUCUAGAAUUCUCCUAAAAUUAUGUAAGUUGAGGCAUUUUACACCGCAAACUUUACUUGAAAUAAGGUAA